GUCAGGAGCUUAUUGUAGACACAAUAUGCUGAGCGUUAUAAAUUAUGCGCAUCCCGGAUAAUGUUUUUGAAAAGUCUAUAUAUGUAAACAAGCUUGACAAGGAAAAGCAUUCUUUGCAUCGCGUCCAACGAAAGAAAACAGUGCAAAUGGAAGUACUAAGUUUGUACUUGAGUUUCUUGACGAUAUGUGGAACGCUGGGCCGGACGUUAAUAUUUCUUCAAGUGAUGCUGUUGUGUGCGAGUUCAUGUAAGUCAUGUAUUAAGUACUGAUCGAAAUAUUAACUUCAUUUAUCAAGUUUUAGAGAUAUACCCGCGAAACACCCGGCUUUCACACCCUUUCAUCAAUUUUUGCUGUGUUGAUAUUUUGCAUUAUCAAAAUUCAAUUUAUCUAACAAAAAUGCGCUUUGCGAGAAAACAAAAAAUCUUGGCUUUUGUUUGCCUUGGAUAUGCUGAUAACAAGCAAGUGCUACUUCAAUUAAUAAUGACGACCAUAAAAUAUUUUUCAAGCAUAUAUAUUUUUUUAAUCACCAAACUUGUAAUGAUAAAGCGAAGAAGGUUAGCCUAGUUUGUGUUUAGCUAUGGGAUUAUACAGUCACCGCCCUGUGCUGUGAAUACAACACAAUAACUAAAAAUAAGCUCUUUUACACUAAUACGUUCAAGAGUUCAAGGUCACUUGAUUUCCUUUGCUUGUUGAAUAUUUUUGUCACGUGCGAGGUCUAUGUUUUGUCAAAUAUCGUGCACCGUGAAGAGCCGCUAAAUUGACUGGAAGAUUAUACGGCGGGUUCAAAAUGAACCUGGCAUGAAUAAAGAUACAUAAUAUUAUAAAUAGCUACUGCUAACGUAACUGAAACCGGUUAGACUGCUUGUAGUCCCUCGGCUUUGCCUCGCUCGCUCGCAUGUUGUUUAGUACGUAACAUGUUCGCCCGCGCCCUUUAGGGACAACUUCGAGUCAUAAACUGUCUGUUUCUACGAAAAUUUAGGAAGCCUUUUUUAGAUAUUGUCUUUUUUAAAAAAUGGGACUCUUGUCCAUCUAUUUGUCUAUUUUGUGAUAGCACUUGAUUAUAGGAGCAGUAAGUUGCAUCAUAACCUUGGAUAUAGAAUACGCUUUCACUAGGAUCUUAACUGAGUAGCCUGAGAAAAUGGCCGACGAUUGGCGACGCUACCACUGGUUUCCCCGCCAAAUGACGUCUGAGAGACGAGCGCAAAUAUUCCAUACUGAUGACGCGUCACUACCCAGAUCUGGGUAGUGCUUCUGAUUGGUCGUGCCGAGUAGGAAACUUGAUUCAACCAAUCAGAAGCACUACCCACAUCUGGGUAGUGACGCGUCAUCUCUGCGUUCGUUUCUCAGACGUCAUUUGGCAGGGAAACCAGUGGUAGCGUCGCCAAAUAUCGGCUGUUUUCUUGGGCCUCAGUGAUUUGAACAAUUUUCAGUUUUUAUCUUAAUUUGAACGUCCCCAAGGGGAUUAAAUUAAAACUACCACUCAUUAAUGCUCACUGAUGUUGUAUUUACUUUCUUUUAGCGGGUAAUCCUUCCCCGACUUUAAUAUCAGGAGAAAAGCGCAUAAGUUUGCAAUGUCUACAUAAUUAUAUGCUUCUGGAUAUGGACUUGCAGGAUAUACCUGGACUCGAACCAGCCUCACUUCAUUUGCGGCACUUCUCGUGUAAACCUUAUCAAGUUCUGGACACACGAGCUAUAUUUCGAGUACCCUUUCAAGGUUGCGGGACAACUCGAGAGAGCAAUUCGGACUACAUCGUUUAUGAAAAUGUCGUGGAUAACUCUAAGGAAUCCAACACUACACGCGUGUUGAUCAGACAUGCGCAAGAACUUCGUUAUCCUUUCUCUUGCCGUUAUCGUCAAAAGUAUUUCCUGAUAUUGCAAGAAGGGCAGUCCGGCAAACGGCGGGAAAAUGAAAUUGACAGGGGGAACGGAAACAGUACAAAAGAAAAAGGUAAAUGUUACUACAAACUGAAUUCAUGUUUCAUACUGAAUUAGUUAAUAGAGCGGUUUUCACUUGACUGUCGAAAGGGAUUGGUUUUGGUUUUACUACGCCCUUUGGUUGGCUAGUGUAUUUACUUUGGUUUUGGUUUUACGACAGUCAAGUGAAAACCGCUCUAGAAUCUUUACUUGCAUAUAUAGUAUCUACCAACCCCAUACUGAAGAAAACUUGCUUAUUUCACCACAAAAAACGAAGGACAAGAGUACAGAAAUACACAGACGCAAUGUGGUGAGGAAGUCCAAAAAGAAACCAUAAGGCUUAUAGGUAUUGGGUUACCCCAGAGUAUAAGAGUAUAAGUUUACAACCCGGGCUCGCGCCAUAUAUGUAACUUCCUAUGACUCUCGCCAUAAAUGGAAGUGUAUAAACUUUAUCGGUUAUCUCUCGUAUUUAGUGCCAUAUAUCUUUCUCUAACUUCCUGCCUCGAUUAACUAUUGCUAAUUGCUGGUAGAUACUUCUCCUCAUCUAAUUCAUGCUAAAAUAAAGUUGUUAUUGUUGUUGGUCCCUCACCGAGAAUUUGCCUUGCCUUGCCUUGCGUCCAGACUAGCACGGACAGCAAUCUAAUUUAUUUUAAAACAAUGAGAUACAAUCCGUAUCAGUAGCAUUAACAGUACGUACAGUGAGAUUAACAGUCAGUGCGAGCAUCAAAUGCCUCGAAAACUUUGUCGUAUUAGGGUGGUGAUCUUAGUACGAGGUUAAAAAGGACUGAAAAUAAAAAGAACCAAACAAAUAAGAGCGACCGAGCUGUUUGUCUUUUUUUAACACAAUGAGUGUUUCCCACAAGUUACUGGGGAAAAACACUUUAGUCUUGUGUGUAUAAAUAUAUUAAUUCUUUGUAUUAUAUUUCCUAGUUUUCCCCGAAGAGGUUAAGAGGCCAACGAGCAGUGUGUCGCAUGUUUUGCUACAAAAAUAUCUGGGGAUUUUUCUCUUUGGAAUGCAUCUUCUAUUUUCUUCAUGAUGAAGUUUGCAGUGGGCUUGGGACUCAUCAGCGGAAGUGGACAAUUUGUCUUCGAUUUUUCAGAUUCUUAGAAAAAGAAUAGAAAAGUUAUAAUUAAAUUACUGUUUUUUGACGUUAAACCAUUCUAGAACGAAGAAGGACUCAAUAGCGUCUGCAACGGCUUGCCCGCCGUUUGCUGACGCACAGAAAAGAGCCGUUCUGUAGGCUGA